AUGGACUUCAACGGGUCAAUCGGUUAGAUGGCAUCAUCUAGCUUGAUCAUCUGGCUGUACUGGUCUUGUAUUGUGCUCAUGUUGCCAUGGCAACCCGCAUCCGUUCUGGCUCCAACCACUACCUCUUACAACUGCACACUUUUGACCCUGGAGGCUGACCCCAAGGUCGCCCAAGCAGGCAGCACUGUUCGUCUCAACUGCAGCCUUGGCUCGCAAUCAGACCUGCAAAGAAGGCCCUACAUGUACAAUGCCAGCAACGUGCAGUGGUUUCACAAUGGCAGCAGCCUGAUGCCGGGGGUCCGGAUCCAGACCGUGGAAGCUGCAGGCACUUCACAACUGAUUUUGAAUGGAGUGGGGAUUGAGCAUGGCGGAAGGUACAGCUGCUGUCUCAAUGCAUCCUGCGCCGAAGAAGCUUGCUUUGCCAGCCUAGACAUCCUCGUAGGCUGUAAGUAA